GCCCACCGAAGACGAUUUUCAAGGUACCUUAAUCACUGAGGAUGUAGCGACCUGAUCCGUAAUUAACUUUUUCGACCUGAAACUUAGAGAAGUUGAAAGCAUGUUGUAACAUGUGCAUUGUGUACUUGGAAGACUUGAAAAAAGAUAGACAGGUCGAAAGCUCUGAUUUCAGCACCGCUUCGUUCCAAGAGACCAUGGUCAACCUGGGGAAAAUUCUUUCUCAUAAUGCCACAAAGUUCACCUUAUCCUGUAAACCUCCCCGUAAACCCGAGGAUUCCAUUCAUAUGAUUAGUGAAGUGAGCAACACCUUAUAUCGUGUGGUCGGAUUUUACAACACUAUUCCCAGCAGCAGUGGAACAGUUUACAAGAACGCUUACAAAGCCAUCACCCGAGAAUUAUUACAAGGUAUUAUCAGUCUUUGCUCCAGUUUUAUGACAAAGGACAAUGAAGAGGAAACCCGCAAAAAAGUCUCUUACAUGGUACCCACCGCUGCCAUCUGGGACGCUUGCAAGGACAUGGAGCAUCUUCCCAAGGACAACAAGGAAGCUGUAUUGAAAGCUUGGAAAUCAAUGUCUGAGAAUCUCAAGGAUGCUAAAUCAGAAGUUCACGAGAUUGCCACAGGUCAAGAUAAAUCAGAAGGAUUUGAUGACAAUGAGGAAGAGGAUGACGAGACUGAUUUAUCAGAGGAAGAAUUAGAAAUCGCUAAACAAUGCGCUAAGUUAGUGGACAUGACCGUUUUCAUCAUGCAAAAGAUUGAACGCCGUUGCAUCCGUGAAAGUGAGCAUUGUCCUGUUAGAUGGUUAGAUGAUGUAUAUGCAAGUGCUCGUAAAUUGGUCGACGAGACUGAUGUUUUGGUAUCCCAAAUCUAUGAUGAAGAUGUCAUGACUAUGAAAGAAGAAGUCAAGAAAUAUAUCGAGUAUUCCAGAGAGGUUGUGAAUAUUGCUAAACAGCAUACCACAGAAGAGCAUGCCGAAUGGUUUGCCAUGUGUGAAAAUAAGUAUGAAUCCAUGUAAAAAUAAUAAGGUCAGAGCCAAUAAAAAACAACUAGAAG